AUGCCAAGGGAUUCAUUGAAGUCUCAAAAAAAGAAAAGAUUGCAAGAGAUUACUAAACCGGCUAUUAAAACCUUUACUGGUAAUGAGGUUGUCAAGAUUGCUACCAAUACUCCUCAGGACAAUGCUACAGAGGCUGACUUUUUGGGUUACAAUUACUAUGAAUGGUGUGGUGACUCUAACUUGUAUGCUUCCGGUUAUGCUGCUCGUACAAAUGAGCUCCAAAAUAUCACUGUUCCCAUCUUUUUUUUCUGA